AUGAAAUUCUGGAUUUUAAAACUUGAACCUGAUUCUGAUGAAUUCUCUGCCUUUGCUUUAAAAUUUGCCAGGAAGAAUGAUACUCUGUUCAAUGCUCUCGCCAAGACUCAGAGCCCAAAGUUUCUGGUAUUCGCUUGUUCGGAUUCUCGAGUUUGCCCAUCUCACAUCUUAAAUUUUCAACCUGGAGAGGCCUUUGUUGUUAGAAACAUUGCAAACAUGGUUCCACCUUUCGACCAGAAGAGACAUUCUGGAGUUGGUGCCGCCGUUGAAUACGCAGUUGUACAUCUCAAGGUGGAGAACAUUCUGGUGAUAGGCCAUAGCUGUUGCGGUGGGAUUAAGGGACUCAUGUCCAUUGAGGAUGAUGCCGCACCACCUCAGAGUGACUUCAUACACAAUUGGGUGAAGAUAGGCGCACAGGCGAGGAACAAGGUCAAGGACGAACAUAAAGAUUUAAGCGACGACGAUCAAUGCAACAAGUGUGAGAAGGAAGCUGUGAAUGUGUCGCUUGGAAACUUGCUUUCAUACCCAUUCGUGAGAGCUGAAGUAGUGAAGAACAAACUUGCAAUCAGAGGAGCUCACUACAAUUUCGUCAAAGGAACAUUUGAUCUCUGGGAGCUCGAUUUCAAGACCACUCCUGCUUACGCCUUCUCUUAA